AUCCUGUGAGCGCAUGCGCAGAGCUUGAGUGCUGAUGGAGGUUUGUCAGAAGAAGCAUCUGCUGUUAGCCAAACAUCUAUACGAAGGUUAAGGGAAGUUAUUAGGGUUUUGUUUGACAAAGUCAGUGUUAAGGACUCGGUCAGCCAAGAUGGCAUCUGACAUGCCAGUUUCCAGGGGUAUAAUGACCUUUCACCCCACCGUUGAAGAGUUCAAGAACUUCAGCCGCUACAUUGCGUACAUGGAGUCACAAGGUGCACACAAAGCAGGCCUAGCCAAGAUCGUCCCACCGAAAAACUGGAAGCCUCGAGGUUCUUAUGAUGACAUUGAUGACCUGAUCAUACCUGCACCGAUUCAGCAGGUUGUGACUGGGCAGUCGGGGCUGUUCACUCAGUACAACAUCCAGAAAAAAGCCAUGACUGUGAAAGAGUUCCGCAAAACCGCCAACAGCGACAAGUUUUGCAGUCCUCGAUAUGAUGAUUUUGAAGAACUCGAAAGGAAAUAUUGGAAAAAUGUAACCUUUAAUCCUCCCAUCUAUGGAGCUGAUGUGAAUGGGACACUUUAUGACCCGGAUAUCAAAGAAUGGAACGUAGGGCACUUGAAUACUAUCCUAGACACAGUGGAGCAUGAAAGUGGAAUCACUAUCGAGGGAGUGAACACACCCUACCUCUACUUUGGCAUGUGGAAAACCACUUUUGCCUGGCACACAGAGGACAUGGAUCUCUACAGCAUCAAUUACUUACACUUCGGGGAACCAAAGUCUUGGUACACCGUGCCUCCUGAACAUGGAAAAAGACUGGAGCGGUUAGCUAAAGGCUUUUUCCCUGGAAGUUCACAAAACUGUGAAGCCUUUCUCAGACACAAGAUGACUCUUAUUUCACCUUCCAUUUUAAAGAAGUAUGGCAUUCCUUUUGAAAAGAUCACUCAGGAAGCUGGAGAAUUUAUGGUGACGUUUCCGUAUGGCUAUCAUGCAGGCUUUAACCAUGGUUUCAACUGUGCUGAGUCUACAAAUUUUGCCACGAGGCGAUGGAUUGACUAUGGAAAACAAGCCAUACUGUGUUCUUGCAGGAAAGACAUGGUGAAAAUCUCCAUGGAUGUGUUUGUGAAGAAAUUUCAGCCUGAACGGUACGAGCUGUGGUUGGAGGGGAAGGACAACGCACCCAUUGAUCACUCUAAACCCACGCCUGAAGCAGCUGAGUUUUUAGGUGGAGAGGCUGGUGCUCAAGAACUCCGCAUUGAGAACCAAAGUAAUGAGGGACAAAAAAAGAGCCUGGCCAAACAAAGGAUAGGAACCAAAAGACACAGGGUGUGUCUGGACUUUCCAGAGGAAGUUCUUCCAAAGACUGAAACAAAUGAUGAGGCUGAAUAUGGCAAGAAGGGCCGAUUGACUCCAUACACAGAACAGUGCAAGGAGUAUACAGAGUUGAAGCAUGAAGACCGCACACUUCCACUGAUGGGUUCAACCAGUUUAAAGAUGCUGCCAGGAUCCAGAAGUGCUGAAUUUUCGGAAAACGUUCGGGGUGCUGGUUUUAGUGACGCAGACCUGGAUGCUAAAGCAACUAGCCAUAUUUCAGCCUGUGCGCAGCCCUUCCCAAAGCAUCACCUCUCUAUCGCAUCUGUCCCUACUGUCCCACACUGCUUGUCAGCUGUGCCACGGGUAUCCACCAAACCAGGGGUGGCAAGCCUUCUCUUUCAUCGCACCCUCAGCCCGACAGAUGCCCUGCAGGUCCACAGCUACGCAGCCAAAGCUGCACUCUGUAAACCACAAACACCCAGUCCAGAGAAACCCAGAGAAGACCUACACAUACCAGACAUCAGUCUAGACGUGAGGCCAAAUACACCAACUCCACCCCCAGACACACCAGAGCACGAAAUUGAAGGUGAGAAGGAGAAUAACAGCAUGAAGAGGAAACUGCAGCCGCUCAGCAAGUUGCCGCGUUUGCAUCCUCUGCUCCGAGAGAACUCCAGUGAUGACGAGAUCCAGGAGCCAACAGCUGAGCCAGAGGAGACCGAUCCCUGGGCUAAAAUCCUGGCUCCCAUGUGGCAGAGCAGACAACGCAACUUUCAGAUCGAGAAGGAGUUCAACUUCCGCAUGGGCCUGCAUCCACCGUACUGUGCAGUGUGUUCCCUCUUUCACACCUACAAUGAGAGUGAUGUAAUCAGCCUGGGCGGUUUUGCAGCUGUAGGAGGAAACCCACAAAGGACCAAACCUCUGAUUCCAGAGAUGUGCUUCACCAGCAGCUCUGAAGGACAUCUGUCCACUCCUAACCUGGAGGCGGACGGCACUAGCCAACUCAUCAGCUGCUCUGUGUGCAGUGUGCGCGUACAUACAAGUUGUUAUGGUGUGUCUCAGGAUGCUAAGUUAGACAGCUGGAGAUGUUCCCGCUGUGAAGCUAACGCCAUUACUCAGGACUGCUGUUUAUGCUCUCUGAGAGGAGGAGCACUGCAGAGAGCCAACAAUGACAAGUGGGUUCAUGUGUUGUGUGCUGUAGCAGUGCUGGAGGCUCGCUUCGUCAACAUUGCAGAGCGCAGACCGGUUGAUCUCAGCACUAUCCCGUUUCAGAGAUUUAAACUGAAAUGUCAAUUCUGCCGAAAGUGGGUUAAGAAGACCACAGGCUGCUGUGUGCAAUGUUCGCACGGCCGCUGCUCCACUUCCUUUCACGCCACAUGUGCACAGGCAGCUGGAGUUCAGAUGCAUCCUGAUGAUUGGCCGUUUGUUGUCUACUUCACUUGCUGGAGGCACAAGGGCGGCACCCACAUAGAGCGCAAUAUGGCAUCCAUGCGGGAGUUGGAGAAAGGACAAAAAGUGAUCUGCAAGCACAAAAAUGGCCGGUACUAUCACUGUGAAGUGGUUGAGCUGACUAAGGCCACCUUUUAUGAGGUUAUAUUUGAUGAUGGCUCAUUUAGUGACAACCUCUUCCCUGAGGAUAUAGUGAAUAGAGACUGUACGCGGCAUGGUCCACCAUCAGAGGGCGAAGUGGUUCAAGUACAAUGGACAGAUGGCCUCAUCUAUGGAGCCAAAUUUGUAUCUGACCACAUCAUCCCCAUGUACCAGGUUGAAUUUGAAGAUGACUCUCAGCUUACUGUGAAGAGGGAAGAUGUGUUCAGUUUGGACGAGGAGCUGCCCAAACGUGUUAAAUCCCGACUGUCUGUGGCAUCAGACAUGCGCUUCAAAGGAGUGUUUGUGGAGAAGGAAGUGAAGCAGGACUCAAAAAGACAGCGAGUGAUCAACUCCCGUUACAGAGAAGACUACAUUGAACCGGCCAUCUACAGAGCAAUCUUGGAGUAACUCAAUCCACAAACAAUAUCUUUAAAACAAAAACCAAUUCACCAAUAACACGGCAAACAGAGAAACAGGCUGGAGCAGACACAUCGUCACAUGAUCGGACAACGGCAAAUACAAUUCUACCGCUGCGCCUUUUGUUUUUAAAACCAUCAAGAUCAACUUUUUAGGCCGAGUAUGAAUUCGGACAGCACAGAUGAGAGUCUCAGAGAUGAAAUGCUAGGAAUGUCUUGUGUAAGAGUGUUUGUUUGUUCGCACAGCACACAAGCGGUUCGGGAUCAGCGGGUGGCGGUGGACGGCUCUCGGACUCCUACUAUCUUUAGUCAGGUGGCAGUAAUGUUUUUUAAUCACCUCCCUGCAGACCCACCGGCUGACCGAGCAUCAACAAACCUUUAGAUGGUCCGACCGAUCUGCGGUCAGCAUGGAUGAUGCGUCACCCCGCUGACCUUUUUUAUCGGUCUGAAAGUGCUUGGCAAUAUCAAAACCUCAUGGAUGUACCUAGUCUUUAUUAGUACGAGCAGCUCUCAUGUGUGAUCUACUGUAAACAUGAGACGUCGUAGAGAGAUAGCUUUAUACUCUCACGGUUAGGUGCAUACAGCAGCUUUAGUUUUAUUUAAUUUAUUCUUUUGUUGAAGUGUGAGGAACGGCCGUUUCCUUGUUGAGCAUCAGUUCUGUUUGUAAACCGAUCUAUUUAUAUGUUGAAGGCAGGUUUUUUCCUACUUUUUCUACUCUUAGUUGGUUAAACUGGUGCACUUAUCCACAUGUUUGUUUCUGUUUUCCUUCAGUUGUGAGUUUUUUAAUCAUGGUACUUAAGGCAGGGAAGGCAACAUCUCUAAGUGCCCUGUUAAGAGGGCGCCUAAAGAAGUGCCUCGUUCAAAUCAUUAUUUAAAAUAAUGUGUUUUUUUUUUUUUUUUGUGGAGAUUGCUUUAGUUGUUUAGCAUUACAGACCCUUCAGUUGUCUUGUGUGAUAGGCAUUACACUCCUUUGUCUUGGAUUAUAGAUCCAUUGUUAAUUUAAGGCUACAAAAAAAAACUUUAUUUUUAAAUUAAAAGCAAUGUCUCCUUUUCCCUGAA